AACUGAGCAUGUCUGCAAGCGCUCGGCGGCCCCGGCGGCGGCGGUGGUGGCGGGGGCAGAGCCCGGCUGCGUCAGGCUGAGCGCAGUUCGCGCGCGCGGCCGCCCGAGCGCAGUGCCAGCGCCGCCCGGCCCUGCCGAGAGGGGCGCACUCGCCGCUGCGGGGCUCGCACCGCUCGCCGCAGCCCCCUCCCGCCGACCCGCAAGUCCUCUCAAGCCCUGAGUAAAUAAGUGGUUUGUGCCCCUUCCAACGGCAGGGCAGAAAUCUGCAGCGGUCCCAUCAAGUGGCUGUCCUGAUUCCUUAUUCUGACACCAGGAGAAGACUCGAGCACAGCUUGCGGCAAUGUCUGUAUCUAACCUAUCAUGGUUGAAGAAAAAAUCCCAGUCUGUGGAUAUCACUGCUCCAGGGUUCAACCCUCUGGGAGGUACAGGGAAGCAAGUACCACAAACCAGCAGGGCCCCUGCACCCAAGACUCCCAUCAUCGAAGAGGAACAGAACAAUUCAGCCAAUGCCCAGAAGCACCCUCCCAAGAAGACUGAGCUGAAGAGGUUCUACACCAUCGGUCUCGGUGGUGAUGGACAAGGCUAUUUGUCUUUGAACUAUAGCAGUGAUUUUUGUUGGGAAGUAUAAUAACGUGGCUUUAAAAAAAAAUAAAGAUGUUCGUUUUUUCACAACAAUUUCCCAA